AGUCAGAAAUGGAUCAAUGGCAAAGGUCAGCUCUCGCGAUGUUGCGCCUUUUACCUGGAGGGAUACUUUUUUAUUGUCAAGGAUUCAAGGUUUGGAUCGAAUAAUGAAACCAAGAGGAAUCAGGAAUAUAAAAUCACAGUUACUGAGGAGCAUGCACAACAUAGAGCUCUCUCGUCUGUUUGUUCUUGCUCACGCUCCAACACUCUGGAUUAGUUGCCACUGCGGCUUCCUACGAGCCGCACGUUUUCAAGAAGUAUAUCCGUCAGAGAGAGACUUUCUAAUUUUUCAAUCUUCUUUUAUAUAUUAGAUCAUUAAGGUGUUGAUAGAAAUUUUAUUUAUCAUCAGUGAUAUAAACAAUAUUUUUUUUUAUUGCAGUGUAACUGGUUGUCCGCGACAAGUUUCUAAGAACUGCGACAAAAACCCCCUGUCUCUAAACAGUGGCAUGUUUUUUAGGGGGAACCGUGGCGCGGAUGAUGAUAGUGUGUCGUGACUUUCGGUGAAACCGGUUUUCCUCUUCAAAGAGUUGUGUGUUUUAUACGUCACUGGAAUCAUCCAAGUUAUAGGCUUUAACGGGAUGAAAACCGGGAUUCCGUCUGACUUCGCAACUGUCGCAUCGCCAGAAAAGGGAAAAUUCUAACGGAAACUGUCGAUCCUGCUUUCAUUUAGAAAGAAAAACAAUUUUAUUCUUUUGUUGAAAAAAGAGUGUAACAGAGAGCAUCUGGUAGCCAAAAGCCAUAAAACUUAGCCGUAUGUGGAUGCAGAUAUACACAGCUUCUUCGAAGUAUCUGGUUACUCAAGGAGGGAAACCAGUUGCCUGGAUUUUACUGAAGCGAUGUUACACUCAAAGAAAAUGAACCAGAAUUUUUUUCUGUUUUUUCUUCUCAUCAUUCUAGAGUCAAGAUUAUGGAGCUACUAAUGGCACUGAUAACAUCCUAAUUCGUUUAGGAAUUCGUUGUCGACGAAAUAAGGACAAUGGGAACCGAGAAUGAGAAAAAGUGGAAGCUGCUUUCAUCGAAAAAAUCAGAAUUUUUGCGAGGCCCACAUGAACAUCCAUGGAAAAGGUGACGACAGCUAAGCCAGUAAUGCGUAAACGACGUGGAUUAGCCAGUGCCAUUUUGGGCCUAACUCUAGGUCUUCUUUUGGGUUUUAUAAUCCUAAAUCAUCGAAUUUCCGCUCCCUCUGUUAUUAAUCGUUUCAAUUUCACAUUUCCAACGAAUAUGGAGCAAAAGAAUGAUAUCACAUCAUCUGGAUUCACGGAUGAACGAUCAGUGAAUGCCUCAUCUUCAUCAUUAAAUUUAGUUUUCGUCGGUGUGAUGACUGCCCAAAAAUAUUUAGAAAAUCGAGCGAAAGCCGUUUAUGAAACAUGGGGAAAAGAAGUACCAGGAAAAAUAGCAUUUUUUGCCUCUGAAUUCUCAACGGUACCUGACAAUUGUCCAGAUUUACCAUUAGUCUCACUUCCCACUGUUGACGAUAGCUAUCCACCACAAAAGAAAUCUUUUCUUAUGCUCCAAUAUAUGUGGAAUAAUUUCGGUGAGAAAUUCGAGUGGUUUUUGAGAGCCGACGACGAUGUUUAUGUGAGAACCGAUAGAUUGGAAAAGUUUCUACGAUCCGUUGAUUCGAGGAGGGCAAUGUAUAUUGGUCAAGCCGGAAGGGGAAACUCAGAGGAGUUUGGUUUAUUAUCAUUGGAGUAUGAUGAAAAUUUUUGUAUGGGAGGACCUGGUGUGAUUAUAUCGAGGGAGACGUUAAAAAGAAUUGUGCCACAUAUUAAAUAUUGUCUUAAGAAUUUAUACACAACACAUGAGGACGUUGAACUUGGGAGGUGUGUGAAAAAAUACGCUGGGAUUCCUUGCACCUGGAGUUAUGAGAUGCAGUCAAUCCUUUAUCAUAACAGUAGCGGGGACCAAGCUUUCACCGGCAAACUUAAAAGAAAGGAAGUUCAUCGUGCUAUCACCCUACAUCCGGUUAAAAGCCCGCCGCAUAUGUACAGGGUUCAUAAUUAUAUGAGGGGUUUGAAAAUUCAAGAUCUUCAGCAAAAGAGAAUUCUCCUGCACAGGGAUAUCCAUUCAAUGGUCUCUAGCCUAGGAAUAAAUGUAGAUAAUUUGAAAAAUUACACCUUAGCGAAAGGUGUAAAUUUAUUUCCAGAAAAAUUCAAUUCUGAGUAUUAUUUAGAAAAUACCAAUGUUCUCGGAGUACCGCCCAGUCUGCGGUCAUUUAAACCACGUUCGAGUGAAGAAGUAAUUCCAUGGAAUUUCAUCUCGCGGUCAGAAUACAGUUUGGAUGAUUCAAAUCCCCGGAGAAGAAUACACAGCGAUGUGAAGGAGGGAUUAGAAGAUAUCACCAGGGAAGUGAUGGCCUCAAUAAAUUCAUGUUCUCGUCAACGUGGACGAAUUGUCGAGGAGCGAACUGCUCUCUACGGCUACCAAAGAGUUGACUUCUUCGGAGCGGACACUAUUCUUGAUCUCCUGCUCGUCUAUCGGAAAUAUCGCGGCAGAAAAGUCACUCUUCCAGUUCGAAGACACGUAUAUCUUCAUCAGCACUUUACCGGUUUAGAAAUCCGAGAAGUCAUUGAUGGAACGGAAGUCAAUUCAAAAGCAAAAAGUAGUUCAAAGUCCUUAAAAAAUCUUUUCCCAGACAUUUUUCUAGGAUUGAGUUUUAGUUCGAGAAAAAAUUCUGAUCCAGUUCAGAGUAAAAUUAUCAAUUUUAUUCUUCCACUAUCGGGACGUUAUGAAAUAUUCGAGAGAUUUUUACGUAAUUACGAGGAAGUUUGCAUUAAACAGGGCGAAAGAACGAGAUUGUUUGUAAUUUUAUUUCCACAUAAGAAAGAAGAUUCGUUCAAUAAAACGAUAAAUCUCGUUAGUCAAUUGAAGAAUAGAUAUCCAAGGGGAGAAAUUAAUGUGAUAGAAAAUUGGGGAAAUUUUUCAAGGGCAAAAGCACUUGAAAUUGGUGUCAGUACAAUGAGAAAUGAAGAUCUAAUGUUCUUUGUCGAUGUCGAUAUUGUUUUUACUCGUUCUGCUUUAAUUAGAAUUAGACUGAAUACUGUUAUUAAUCUCAGGAUAUACUUUCCGGUUGUCUUCAGUCAAUACGAUCCGAAUAUUAUCUAUGGAGAAAAGAGGGAAAAGACCGAAUUCAUGAUCAAUGAUAAAAGUGGAUAUUGGAGGCAAUUUGGAUUUGGUAUUGUCACUCUAUACAAGGCUGAUUACAGAAAAGUUGGUGGUUUCGAUCUGUCGAUUCAAGGUUGGGGCAAAGAAGACGUCGACUUUUUCGAGAAGUCCGUGAAAUCAAACUUGGAAGUGUUUCGUGCACCAGAUCGCAAUUUAAUUCACGUCUAUCAUGGAGUUGAAUGUGACUCUGAACUUUCCGGUGUACAAUUAUUAAUGUGUAAAGGCACGAAGGCGGACACUUACGCGGGUACGGAACAACUCGCCGAUUUUAUUUAUCGACAUCCGGAUUACUUACGAUUUGCGAAAACGCGAAGGUUUCGAGCUUCGAAGCCAGGCGAAUAAAAACUAUCUGUGAAUUAAAAAUACUCUUUUUUUUAAUAUUGAAUUUUGUUUUAUUACUUUAUAAGUAACUACGAAUUAGAAUUCAAAUUAGAAUUUAAAUUAUAAUUCGAAUCAGAAUUCAAAAAACUUCUUUUUAAAAUUGAAGGCUAACUUAUUUACCUCAAUGAGAUUCAAGUAUCUUUUUAGUUUCGACUUUUUAGUGAUAAAUUUUUUUUUUCUGACUCUAAAUGCACAAUUCUGUGCCAAGAAGAUGAUUUUUUAAAGACUUGUAAAUACAGUGUAUAAUAUUAAGAGUUUAAGAAACUUUAAAGACUUCGAAAGAACGUAAAAGAAAAAAAUGUAUAAUAGGAAGCGUGUCAUUAUUUUCAACUAUUUAUAAUUAAAAAUUACAAAUCGAUGACUGACAUAAUAUAAUGACAGUGGAGAGAAACGAUUUUUUUACGCUCAAAUUGUAAAAAGUAUUUUCCGAUCGAUUUUUUUUUAUAAAUAUUAUUUAUAUAAUUCAUCGACAUUUGUGUAAUUUUAAUGCCGAGGAGCAUUGAAUAUUGAAAUACGCUUUAUAGCUCUCUCUCACUCUAUCAAAUAAUAACUGCGCUGAAAUAGUUAUAAAUAAAUGUGAUAUUACGGUGCCUUUAAAA